AAGAAGGCCUUUUUUUUUCGCGCUCUCUUCGUCUUUUUUUUUUAACUUUUUUAUAGCCCUUUAUAUUUUUCUCUUACACGCCAAUGGGCACGACGAAAAGUCGUAAAUCCAGGCGUAAUAACUCGAGACCAGCUGCCUUUUCAUUUCUAUCCAACAUUUCCUUGGGCAACGAACAGAACAAUAACAACGCUAACACAGACUUUAACAACAACAACGUACCACUUGCUAGUCCAGCAUCGCUUGAAUCACACUACAAUAAUGAAAGCUCCCGUCCAGAAUUACACACUGAGCUUUCAUACGUUCAACAACAACAACAACCACAACAACCAUUACGUUCAACCGAAGGAGGAUCGCUCAAUUCUAGUGACAGCAACAUAUCAGCCGAGUUGGCAGGUUCCGCCCCCGUACCCAGCGCUGAAGCCCGUGCUAAUGUUCCACCAUUGGCUUCCUCGACAUCCGUUAUGACAUCGCUGUUGAGUGAACAGAUUCACUUGCAGCAACAACAACAACAAAGCCAAAGCCAAAGCCAACUACAGCAACAACAGCAACAAAGACGUCGUUGGUCACUUGAAAGCGACGACAACGUACAGCAUCACAAGUUAACUAGAGAGGACAGCGAACGUCCGAUUGCUUCUGAAAAAAUCAAAAAGAAAUCGCACAAUACGGAUAAAGAGAACUACAAUGGUGGCAGCAUCAUGUCGGUUGUUCGGUAUUACACGGAGAAAAUUCGAUUCUCAUCAGGCAAACGAAAAGCUGAUCAGUCCUUCAACCGCGGUUACCUGCAACAACAAUUAGCAAGCCAUGACAACAAUAAGCGUCGACCCGCGUUAUCCUAUGCACACUUUUUAGUACCAUCCAAUUCAUUAGAAGAUCGGCCAACUGCUGAAGAAACAUCUGACUAUGAUCCAAGCUAUCUUGAUGACGAGUCCUAUAAUCGAUUUGGCAUCUUAUCUAGCUCUCAGGGAUCCAAUCAUGCGGGUAUGCGACCUUCAGAAAUGAAGCGCGAGCUGAACGAACAGUUCCGGCACAUACACCCUGAAAUUCCUCCGGAAAUUACGUUGAGUAAGAUCCGAGCUAUCAAGACGCAUUUGGUAGAGAUCGGUAAGGUAGUGGAUUUGGAAAUAUCCAGCGUGGCCCAUGCAUUUGUAUAUUUCGAAAAAUUGGUGAUCAAGAACGUCGUUACGAAAAAGAACAGAAAGUUAAUAGCAGCAUGCUGUUUGUUCUUGGCUACCAAAGUCAAUGAAGCUAAAGGAUCCUGGUUUGAGCCACUUUUCGAUGCGAUUGACGAUGAAUUGGAUGUGGAUUCUAAAGAGAUCCGCGAGCACGAAUUUGCUGUAUUUGCUGAUCUUGAAUUCAACUUGUACAUACGCAACAGCGAAUUCAUGCCACACUUUGAACGCAUAUUUCAAGUCCUGGAACACAAAACAAUCGAUGACUACCUGGGCAGUACGGCUUUUUACAAGGCAUAAUAUCAAAGAAAAUUUCGGCAAUGAAAAUCACUAUUAUUAUUAUUAUUACUAUUAUUAUUAUGCGACAUAUGUAUAUUUUCGCCCUUGAAUUAUCUGCUAUUAAAAAUUUAAAAAAGUGCUG